AUGAUGCAAAAAAAUUUUAGUGCCUGUAAAAAUACACAUACGUCUAUAGCCAAACAAUACACAAAAAGUCAUUUGUUCCACUUAAUUUGUGAUUGUAAAACUGGUGACAAUAAUGACCAGAUGGAUGACCUAAAGAAACCAGGAAAUCCACGAGCAAAUACCGAUUAUGGACAUAAUUUCCGCUUUAAUUACUACUUAUUAGUUGUCGUCUUUAAGCCAGUAGUCCAACAAAGACUUCAAAUUAUCAGCAGUUUCAUCACCAAAGCACGACAAUUGAGUGUGUUUUCAGGAUUGAUGCAUUUUUGUGGCAAUAACAAUUUCCCAAAGGUGAGUUUAACUCUGGAAAUGGCUUUGUCAUCUUCUGUUAGGCUAAAUGAAAUCGUGGAACGUCCGAAAGUCAUGUCAUUUACCUCAACUGAAAGUGUGAAAAGCGGAAGAAAGUUUCUUUUACCUCAUAAUCUCUUUAAGAUGAAGUGGCUCACCAUAGAUAAACUGCAGAAAAGUAUUUCUCUAACAGUGGGUCCUCCAGACAUCAAUAUUAGCAAAAAACCGUCAACAUGCAUAAAUGAUCACAUAGAGAAACUAUCUUUUAAAGAAUUGAUCCAAGUAAUGUUAAAUGAUGAAGUCGAGAUUUCACAAAAAAAUUGGAGAAAACGGAUUUUGUUUCAGAAUAAGAAACACCCACCUCAGUUUCUCGCAGUUUGUUUGGCAGAUUCAAAAGAUCCUCCAUGA